CUGCUCUUGGCUCUUCGUUGAAAGCCGCUGUCGUACUCUCCCUCUAUUAUUGCACAUUCUUGUCCUUAAUCCGGACCACUGAAGCUAAUCCCGAUGCGAAACGAUUAUAUGAUGACCUGAUGAGCUCCUACAACAGACUCAUCAGGCCCGUUGGCAAUAACAGUGACAGGCUCACUGUCAAAAUGGGACUCAAACUCUCCCAGCUUAUUGACGUGAACCUCCGGUCACAGAUAAUGACAACAAAUGUUUGGGUUAAUCAGGAAUGGUCCGAUCACAAACUUCGUUGGGAUCCUGCAGAGUACGGUGGAGUGACGGAACUCUACGUUCCAGCCGAGCAAAUCUGGCUUCCGGACAUCGUGCUAUAUAACAAUGCCGACGGUAAUUACGAGGUCACAAUCAUGACGAAAGCAAUCAUCAAAAACGAAGGAACCGUCAUCUGGAAUCCCCCAGCUAUAUACAAGAGCAGUUGCCUUAUGGACGUUCAGUAUUUCCCUUUUGAUCAGCAACUCUGCAGCAUGAAAUUCGGGUCUUGGACCUACGACGGAUUCAUGGUGGAUCUGAAACAUAUCCGCGGCGUGGACAGCGUGGAUAUAGUUCCUCUCGGCAUUGAUCUCUCGGAAUUCUAUCUUUCGGUUGAAUGGGACAUCAUGGCUGUGCCGGCGAAGCGAACCGAAAAGUUCUACGCUUGCUGUGAGGAACCCUACCCGGACAUAACAUUCAACAUUACUCUACGUCGCAAAACGCUCUUCUACACCGUCAAUUUGAUUAUUCCUUGCGUCGGCAUUUCUUGUCUGUCGAUUCUCGUGUUCUACUUGCCCUCCGACUCAGGAGAGAAAGUAUCUCUGUCCAUCAGCAUCUUGCUGUCAUUGACUUUCUUCUUGCUCGUGUUGGUCGAGAUAAUCCCACCGACUUCAUUGGCUAUGCCGCUCCUCGGAAAAUAUCUCGUGUUCACCAUGAUAUUGGUCACGCUGAGCGUUUUAGUGGCGAUCGGAGUCCUCAACGUUCAUUUCCGAUCGCCGUCGAGUCACAUCCUCAAUCCCUGGUGUCGACAAGUUUUCAUAAAGGUUCUUCCACGAUUACUCCUGAUGAGAUCCCCUCAAUACGAAAUCGAAACCGAUGAGGCGCUUAGAAAGCAAAAAAAUAAGGUUGCCGAGAGCAAAGUCGACCGGGGUUCGAACGUAGAUCAUCGGGAGGAUCAACAGAGCUCUGGACUACCGCAGCUUCCGACCGAAGACGGCGCCGUCGAGGAAGCUUGUGACAUCGGUCACAAUGUUGCCGGCGAUUCUGCUCCCGUGGAAGGAUCGCCCCCGCCGUUUUCGAGAAGGGCGCACGGUGUGCGUGACUUCGAGGAGACGAUCUGUCAUGCAAUGUUCAUAGCGCAACACAUCGACAAUAGAGAUGAUUUCGAAAGCAUUCGUGAGGAUUGGAAGUAUAUUGCCAUGAUACUCGAUAGAUUAUUUCUGUGGAUAUUCACCAUAGCGUGCGUCGUUGGAACUGCCGGAAUUUUCCUCCAGGCGCCGUCUUUGUACGACCGCACCGUCCCGAUAGACGUGAAGCACUCCCGCGUUGCGCGUCGCAUGCUGCACGGUAAUCUGGCAGAUGACAUUGAGGAUGAAGACUUGUGAGACUUGCGGCGCUUGAGGAUACGAAUUCCGUGUUCAGGCACCGUGGAGCUCGGAGUUAUUUCCAAUAAUGUUUCCCCAUGGUGCCGCAAAGGCUCCAUGACCCCUCGGACAUCCAGGAUGCUCGUUGCCCCCAAGGGCCCUCUAUGAGGAGCAGACAGAAGCCCGGAUUCAUCUUCCUCGUCGGUUAGAUCCUUUCACCAUGCUAAUCUUCCAAUCUUCGGAUGCUCGAUUGAUUUCUCCUGACCACUCAAAACUGAGAUCGCUGCACUACGAGCCGCAGCAUGGAUGACGCUCGAAUCGAAUCACAACAUAUAAUCACAAAGGAUUGAAGAUGAAUGUUCCCGACCGUGUCCUGACGAGAUGGGUCAUCGCUCUUCGGCGGAGGAGAAACACUGGCUAGAAAAAUGUCUCGGAUCCCAGAG